AUGGACUCUGAGGAGAAACACAAGCAGAGAAACCAGGACUCAGUGUGGAGAUGGGUUUGGAGAAACAGCUGGUUCUUCCUGUACCUUCAACAACAUCGUCUUAAAAGACUGUGGGGUUUACUGGUGUGAGUCCAGAGAGGGUCCCAUCAGUAACAUGGUUAACCUCAGAGUCACUGGUGGAUCAGUGAUCCUGCAGAGUCCUGUCCUCCCUGUAAUGGAGGGAGAUGACGUCACUCUGCUCUGUAAAACAAAGACCACUCCCUCCAACCUCACAGCUGCUUUCUAUAAAGACGGCUCCCUCAUCAGAGAGGAGCCUACAGGUCACAUGACCAUCCAGCAUGUUUCCAGGUCUGAUGAAGGCCUCUACAAGUGUGACAUCAGUGGUCAUGGAGCUUCUCCAUCCAGCUGGAUCACUGUCACAGAUUCAUCCACCUCUCCUCCUCCUGCUCUGCAAUCCUCUCCUCCUCUCUCUGUGCUGGUGUCUGUUCCCUCCAUAUUUGGGCUGCUGCUGGUUCUACUGGUUGUACUGGUGAAACGACGUGUCCGGAAGAAACCUGAAGACAGAGAUCCUGCAGCAGCUGCCACCUCCUCAUCAGUGAGAAGAACUUCAGCAGAUGGUCGAGACGAGUCAAACAGGAGAAGACCUGCAGUGCAGAGAACAGCUGACAUCACUUAUGGAGACAUCACCAUCAGGACAAACAGCAGACACAGAGAUCUUCCACCAGAGCCAGCAGUCAUCUACUCCUCACUGAAGCUGACCCUCACACCUACACCACAGUGUGACCAGUCUGACCAGUGACGUCCAGCUGGCUUCCAAACACAUCCCUGCACUCCUCUCUAUAAUAUAUAUUAUUUAUUCAAUCAUAUUCUCUGUGUGUUUACAGUUGUACAGCUGCACUGGAACAGUUUGAAUGUAGAGCUCAGGA